AUGCCUGGUUGCCGAAGAACCAAGAAAACUUACAUUCCAGAAGAUGUAUACAGGCCUUCACAGAAUUCACUCACUAGAACUAGCGAAAAUGGUCUACGUAAUUAUGGCAAUGCAUUAGACGAUAGAACAAAACAAGUAUUCUAUAGAAGCGUGCCAGAAAAUAUUAUGAAAGAGACAAUAUAUGGGCAACGUUACUAUAACCAACCACAUUUACAGAAUUCAAACAUGAGUAUGAAAAACGAGAUGGACACGUAUCGGCCUGUGCGUGGAAGCAUUCCAGAAAGUGUCCGAGAUCCGGCAUAUGGACAAAGAUAUUAUAGUCAGCAAAGAUCACCACAAGGUCAGAAUUUGAGCAUCAGACGUGAACUGGAUACAAAUUAUAGUGAGUAUGAAUAUAACAAACCAAUUAACAAUUACAAAGAAGUCUCAAGUUAUUCAAGGCCCUAUCAAAGAACGGAAAACGCUGACAACAUACGUCCAGUGUAUUCGUAUAAUGUUGAUGAUAUGCCAAACGGAGGAAACAUCCGAGAGACAUAUCAACCGCGUUACAAUUCCCCUUUUCCAAGUCGUUCAAAUCCACCAACCAGUACUUUAGUUGAGUCAAGAAACAUUCGUGAAACAUAUCAACCACGCUAUAAUUCUCCGUACCCAAGUCGCUCGAAUCCACCGAAUGAUCUUUUGCCUGAGCCCAGCUCAAUUUCAAAUAAUGGCAACACUUAUUCUUAUUCGGCACCACAUCGUCAGAAUGUGGAGAUUGUGUAUGCCGAUGGAAGACAAAGUAGAUACAUAGAUUAG